AUGUCAUCGUCAACGAACAACACAGCCACUCAGCAAAAGCAACAACUCUACCUUGAAAUGAAACAUGCUUUGGAAGAUCCCUCUAGAGGAUUAGAUGUUCACUUACAAUCCCGUAUUAAAUUAUUCUUAAAAGAGAGAAUAGAGAAGGGAUCGGAAGUGCAGAAGGAGAGUGUGGUGGUAGAGUUUGCUGAAGAAUUAUGGAAGGAAUUUUCCAAAAACCCAUCUCUGUCGUAG